AUUAGGAACGCUUUGGUUCCAAGGGUUUAAGCUCACAACGUUAACCAGAUGAACCAGUUGCCCCAUCCAUGGCGAUUCCGGGUUUAGGGUUCGCUUGCCGACCCCAUGUCCCUCUCCGUAUCCCUCUCUUUCCCUGCGUUAGCAAGGCAAUUCCCUCUGUAAAUGUGAGGCAACAUUUGGUGGCGGCCUUCGACGUUGUUGAUGAGCCAGAGGAUGUUCUGAAGGUCGACAAUGAUAAUCACAAAUCGGUUUCUACAGAAGGAGAUGGUAAAGUUCCAGAAUGGAAAAAGUUGAAUUCCAAAGAGCUUGGAAUUAGUACUUCCAAGAUCACUAGGCCUACGAGAAAGGUUCUCAAUGUUCUCAGGCAAAAAGGUUAUCAGGUUUACCUUGUAGGAGGUUGUGUUCGUGAUCUUGUGUUAAAUCGAACACCAAAGGACUUUGACAUAAUAACUUCGGCAGAAUUGAAGGAGGUGAGAAGAUCAUUUUCUUGGUGUGAAAUAGUUGGAAAACGGUUUCCCAUAUGUCAUGUGCACAUUGACGAUGCCAUUGUGGAGGUUUCAAGUUUUAGCACCUCUGCAAGCAACUUCAAGAGGGAUUUGAGCAGUAGUGAAUAUGGAAAACCUAUUGACUGUGAAGAAAAAGAUUAUGUUCGUUGGAGGAAUUGUCUACAGCGAGACUUUACAAUUAACGGGUUAAUGUUUGAUCCAUACGAAAGGAUUGUGUAUGACUAUCUGGGAGGAAUGGAAGAUAUUAAAAGAGCAAAAGUGAAAACUGUGAUUCCUCCAAGCACUUCUUUUCAAGAGGAUUGUGCUCGCAUUCUACGUGCGAUAAGAAUUGCAGCCCGGUUGGGUUUCCGUAUUUCAAGGGAAACAGCUCGUUUUGUUAAAAACUUAUCUGGCUCAGUCUCAGGACUUGAUAGGGGAAGGCUACUGAUGGAAAUGAACUACAUGCUAGCAUAUGGUUCUGCUGAGGCUUCUUUGAGGUUAUUAUGGAAAUUUGGACUCCUAGAAAUUCUUCUACCCAUCCAGGCAGCAUAUCUUGUUCAGAAUGGUUUUCGAAGACGUGACAAAAGAUCCAAUAUGCUUUUGUCUUUAUUUUCUAACAUGGAUAAACUUCUGGCACCUGACAGGCCUUGUCAUAGUAGCUUGUGGGUUGGGAUCUUGGCGUUCCACAAAGCCCUAUGUGACCAACCUAGGGAUCCCAUGGUUGUUGCCACCUUCAGCCUUACAGUUCAUAAUGGUGGAGAUAUCUCAGAAGCAGUAAAUAUUGCUAGAAGGAUCACUAAACCACAUGAUACAAGCUUUUAUGAGUUAUUAGAAUGUCGGAACCUGGACUCUUGUGCAUUGACAAAUGAGGUUAUGGAUCUAGCAGCAUCUGUUAAACGUGCUCUCUGUAAAAUGACCAAUGAGCAAGCUGUCUCCCUGGCAAUGGCAGAGUAUCCUAAAGCACCAUACUCAGAUCUGGUAUUUAUCCCAUUGGAAUUGUAUUUGAGGGUCGGCAGAAUUUUUGAGUGUGUAAAAGAGGAUACAGGGAAGAAAUCUGUGUCAAAGCAAGGCAGCAAGAUUGAUUAUGAGUCAUUAGCUCUUGGAACCCUGCCAGAAGUUAGGUAUAUUUUUGCUAGGAUUGUUUUUGAUACUGUUUUCCCUCUAAAUUUAGACCAUGAUCAUGCUUAAGUAGUUCCUUGUUAGAAGGUGAACCCAAAGAGGGAAAAUGAAAAAUCAUAUACUGUAAUAUGAGAAAAAUAAAAUAAAAUAAAAUCUGCGUAAAGGCUUAGAUUUCUUA